AUGUCUCACAUUUCAGAAAAAAGUAACAAACCAACCGACAUGCACAUUGACAAUAUCAAUGAAGCAUUUUUCAAUGGUUCCGGUUUCCCAUCUUCACCAUUUAGGUUUCCAAUGCUAUCUCCUACAAUAGCGGAGUAUGAGUCUGAAGAUUCCACCAAAAAUAUUCAAGACUUGAGUCCUGAAAUGAACCGAUUGGCAGACAGACUAGUUUCUAUUGGAAAUAACAUGGAACAGCUUAGGUGUGCCAGCAAUUCACUAUCAGAUUUCAAUGAAUCACUUGGAUCAUUACUUAUGGGUCUCAAUGUGAAUGCAUGGUGUGUGCAUUUUGAAAAUGCACCCAAUUCAAACACCUGGAAGCAGUGGAAAGAGCUUCAGAAUGUGAACAGAGAAAUAGCCAAGUACGAAGCAAAGAUUAAGAAUUUGAAGCAGGAAAUUUCGGGCACAAGAACAAAGAAGAUGUGGAGACAUGAACCAAGCGUAGGUAGAACCGUUGCCAAGAAAAGGAGGAGAAUAGAGAUUGUAGCAAAUCCAAAUACAGCAGUUUUGAAUACUGCUUCGGCGUUUAAAACAACUCUUGAAGAAAAAGAAGGCGCCGACACGAUUUCGAGUAUCAAUGAUUCGACACUCAAGUUAAAUACGAUGCAGAGAUAA